CUCUGAGAAUGGCUGACAGUGAGAACAGCCAAACAGACACGCUCUCGGCUCCAGCUCACCUUCCAAAGAAACGCAGAGGCUGUAAACAUGUAUCUUUUCCUCCGGAUGAGGACAUGGUGUCAGGUAUUGAGGAGCUCAGGACGCCGUCAAAACUGGUUGACAGUAUCACCUUGAUGGAGGUGAUGUCAGCUUACAAGCAGAGUUGUGUCAAAUACCAUGUGGAACCCAUAUCGAAAGUACUGCAGCAGCUCCAGGAGGGGGCAAUAGUGCAAGGCCGGUGCGCACAGUUAGAUCUGCAAGGUGAGCGAUUAGAUAACCAUUCAUGUGAGACUCUUGAAGAUAUUCUAAAAUUACUGCAGUUUGAUUUCAUCAAUCUACGGGAGACAGAGCUGGAGGAGAAUGGUGCUGCUUCAUUAUUGGACAUGAUUUUAUACUAUGAAUCAGCAAAACAUCUGGACAUAUCUUUCAAUGCAAAUAUCGGGAUUUCAGGUUGGCAAGCGCUCUCGCACUUAAUUCAGCAGAGCCGCUACCUGGAGAGGCUGGAUGCCAGCGACAUGCCCCUCUUGGAGCGCCCCGCACGCUUGCUGUCAGGAUCUCUCCUUACCAGCAGGUUGUCAGUGCUGCACUUGGACAACAGCAGUCUGAGUGGAACACCCCUCUUCACUCUAGUUGGAAUUCUGAAGAUGAAUACCACCCUUCGAGAACUUUAUCUGGCUAACAACAAGCUGAACAGUUUCCAAGAUUCAAUGCAACUGGGAGACCUUCUGAAGUUCAACCAGAGUCUCAAGUGUCUGGACAUCAGCAAUAAUCUGAUAACUGAUUCAGGUCUGGAGGAGAUCUGUGAUGGUCUAAAAGCUCAGAGAAGCAGACUGCAACAGCUGAUGCUGCGGAGUAACCAUCUCACAAACCAUGGCAUGGUCCACCUGGCUGGUGUUCUGCCUUCGAUAAAAACACUGGAAAUAUUGAACUUGGGCAACAAUAAUCUUGAGAACCAGGGGGUUCAAAUCCUGAAGGAGGCCCUCAUCUCCAGCCCCUCACUCCUGCAGCUCGGCCUCGGCCAUACGGGAAUCACCUGUGAAGGUGUUGUGGUCCUGGCUGAAUUCAUCGCUGAAAGUCGUCACAUUCAGCAGCUUGAUAUUUGCGAAAACCUAAUUGGCACCGGAGGCCUGCUGGCACUGUCACAUGCUCUGAAGUUUAACCGGACGCUGGUCAAGGUGGAACUGGACAAAAACCCCAAAGAGGAGGAGGACGACUUUCUGAUUGAAACUCAGAAAAAUCUUCUCUGCAAAAUCUCAGAACGCUUGAAAAAUAAUGCUACGACUAAUGGAACAAAGUCAUGGCAGCAAAAUCAUCCGGCCUGCUACAUCAGUGACAUUAACCCAGCUGCCCCGGAGUUAAGCUACCCGCCCAGCCUCGUCAGCCCCGCCUCUCCAGGGUCGAGUGAUCAAUCCAGCGACGAAAGCCCAACACCCCCAGAGUUAAUGCAUCCACCCAGCCACAUCAGCGAGGUUAACAUAGAAGCUGCAUAUUUAAGCCAUCCAUCUAUCCAUAACAGCCCAGCAUCUACAGAGUUAAGGCACUCAGAUACAUCAAGCAUGUGGCCCACGCACAUCAUCCAAGCCCAUCUUCCUCAGAACUGAACAACCCACCUAACUAUGCUGACAUCCCAAAAUGCAGUGGCCCUCCAGGCUACAAUACCCUUGAUACGUCAGUUCCUGAAUACCCAACUUACCUUCCGAACAACUUCAUUUUUCCCAGCCUAUCUCCAUC